AUGAACAGCAAUCAACAUGAAUAACUAUGUCAAUUCGAAUAAUAAAAACCUAAGUAUUAGCAUUUGUACUUAGAACUCUAUAAGUCUAAACUGUUUGAAAUUCAUGGGCCAAAACUAAAAUAAAGUGAUACUCUCAAGUGUUAAUAAAACAAAGGGGAAUAAUUGAAUGGUCAAGACGACCCAAUCUAUUUAAAUAUCUAGGAUAGUUAAGAACAGGAAAUUAACUUAGGAUUAUAAAUGAAGAAUGAACGAUAGAUAUGCAAAAACAACAAAAUAAUCUAAAGGUUUUUGAAGAAUUGUAGAUUUAAAAAAAGAGUAUAACUCAGGUGUAGAAGACGUUUGGACUCAGUAGAAAUGGUGGGAUGUUUAGAUAUCAAUCAAAACUCUCCUUUCAUUUAAAAAGGGUUUAAAGACUGCUAAAUCUGUCUAUCCUACAAACGAAUGCGUAAGUUCUUGAGUUGUUCACAUGAAUUUUGUAAGUCUUGUAUAGUUGCUCAUUUAAAGGAGAAUAUAAUAAGAGGAAACGUCUUGGUAAUUAUGUGUCCUCAAUUAUCUUGCUCUGAAUAAUUCUCAAAUCCCUAAAUAAAAGACCUAGUUUCUCAUAAUUUAUAUGAAAAAUAUCAGAGAUUUCAUAGGAGACAAUUGAUAAGCAAAGAUAAGAAUGUCAGAUGGUGUCCUCGAAUUGAUUGUGAAAACUACGUAAUUGGAAAUGGUAACAAUUUACUGACCUGUUCUUGUGGUCAACAGAUCUGCUUCAAAUGCGGUAGCCAAUAUCAUUAAGGCAUGUCUUGUGAAUAAGCUAUGGACUUCUAGUAUCUUGAAGCGAGGAAACAACUGGAAGUAAAUGAUUGCCCCAAUUGUUCAGUCCCUAUUGAGAAGAAGGGUGGUUGUAAUCAUAUGACCUGUUUCAAAUGUGAAUAUGAAUUUUGUUGGGUCUGCAGAGGCAAAUAUUCAUCCACUCAUUACGGUAUCUUUAAUAUAUUUGGAUGUGCAAUUCCAGGAGGGUAAGUUUCUAAUAUUGCACCUUUACGAAACCCAAUGUUAAUCAGGGUUAUGAUGAUCAUCCCCAAACUCCUCCUGACCAUUUUUUUGAGUGGUGGACUGCUCAUCUUACUCCCCUUUUUUCUUAUCUACCUAAUUUUAUCUGCACCCUACCGCCUAUUAAAAAGAAUGUCUUAUUUCAACAUGAAGAAUCAUUCAAAAUGCAUUUAAUUUUGGUCGUUUUAACUUUUCCUCUUCUUUGGAAUUCUAUUAUCCCCCAUCACUAUUAUUUGUGCCAUUUUAAUUAGUCCUGUACUAUUGAUAAAUUAUGUCAUUGAAAAUUUCUGA